AUGAACGCGAUGGACUUCGUAGAGAUCGACGGCUCCUACUUGGAGGGCGGCGGACAGGCGCUGCGCAACGCCCUGAGUCUCAGCUGCAUCCUGGGUAAGCCAGUGCGCGUGAUCAAGAUCCGGGCCAACCGCCCGAAGCCGGGGCUCUCGCACCAGCACCUGCACGGGCUGAACCUGCUGCGUGACAUCGCCAACGCGGACGUGGUGGGCAACGCUCUACUCUCCACCGAAGUGGAGUUCACCCCACGUUCCAUCCUGGGCAGCACCUACCGCGUGGACACGCACACGGCGGCCAGCAUCACCCUGAUCUACCAGAUGGCCUUGCCCGUCCUCCUCUUCGCCGGACGCCCCUCCCGCCUCAGCGUGUCCGGGGGCACGAACGUGGCCUUCGCCCCGCCGGUGGAGUACAUGGAGCAGGUGCUGCUGCCCAACCUGAAGCGCUUUGGCGCCGGCUUCGAUCUGCAGAUCCAGCAGCACGGCUUCUAUCCGCGGGGCAAGGGCAGCUGCCAGCUGGACGUGCAGCCGGUGGGCAAGCUGGUGGCCGGGCAGUUCCUGGAGUUCGGCCGCCUGCAGACGGUCAGCGGAGUGGCCUUCUGUGCCGGCCGCCUGCCGAGGAGCCUGGCGCUGGACAUGCAGCAGACGGCGCAGCGCGAGAUCCACCGCCUGUGGCCGGGGCAGCAGUGCAGGAUCGAGGCGGUGAAGCUGCAGCCGGAGAAGGCGCGCGACAACGGAGCUGGCAUCCUGAUGACGGCCCACACAUCCGGGGGCUGUGUCCUGGGCUCGGCCACGCUGGGCGAGAAGAGGGUCGACGGGCAUGUGCUCGGCUCGGAGGCCUCCUGCCAGCUGUCUGAGUACGUUCGCAAGGAGACCUGCGUGGACGCCCACAUGCAGGACCAACUGAUCAUCUACAUGGCCCUGGCCGUCGGCUGCUCCAAGAUGCGCACUGGCCCGCUGACCAAGCACACGCGCACCGCCAUCCAUGUGGCCGAGCAGAUGACGGGCGUCCAGUUCGACGUGGAGGUGGAGCCUUCCGGCCAGACGUUGGUCACCUGCGAGGGCCUGGGACAACUCAAUCGGAUGCUCUAACAAUCGAUCUUUACUAUACGGCAAUCUUAAAUUAGUGUCUACACAAAUGGACAAUAUACGUUGCUAGAGGCGACGGAAAAUGGCCAAGAA